AUGGCGGGGGGUGGUCUGCGUGUGGACGUAUCAAGAGACGAAGGCGACGAGCAUGCGGAGGGAACGGCGCAGCCCAAGGCGAGAUUCUCCGGCGGGUCGCCGUCGGGCGAGUCGUCGCUGGUGCAGCAGCGCUUCCCGUCGUCCAAGAUGAAGGUCGACGAGCUCUUCAUUCAAUGGCUCUCGCUGCCCGAAUCGCAGAAGCUGGUGAUGUCGUUAUUGGAAGACGCCAAAGCAGGCCGUCCGCUAAUAGCCCCCGGGGGGCCCAACUCUCACAGCGCAAGCGGAAGCCUCUCCCCGCUCUCCCCCACAAGCGCCUCCUCGCUCUUCGGCGCAACCCCCCCGCUCUCCCCGCGGAGCGACAAGCCGAUGUCGCCCAAGUCGCCGCUGCGUCGCCAGGCGUCGGGACUGAGCCACGCGGGAUCGCCCGUGAAGCCGCACGCGAACCGAAGCUUCGAGGCGAUUCCGCAGUUCUACUUUCCGAACGGCCCGCCGGCGACGGAGGACGUGGCGAAGCAGUGCAUGGUGAAGAUCCACCAGUUCUUCCACGAACACCCCGAGGGGCUCAACGCCGAAGCGUUCAUGGCGGUGACACAGGAGGUGUGCAACGUGCCGUCCUACCCAAACACCCCAGUGGCGUCAGGCCCCAACCCGCUCUCUCUCCAUCUCCCCUCCCACUCUCCGCACGUCUCUCCCCCCCCGCCGCGCAGCAUUCAUGGCGGUGACACAGGAGACGCGUUCAUGCGGUUCUGGGUGGACCGGCGGCUGCUUGCAGCAGACAUGGCGACGCAGAUCUUCCACGUGCUCAAGCAGGACCACCAGAACUACCUCGUGCAGGUACUAUCUGAGGCAGUGGUGCAGGUACCUGAGGCAGUGGUGCAGGUACUAUCUGAGGCAGUGGUGCAGGUACCAUCUGCAGCAGUGGUGCAGGUACUACCUGAGGCAGUGGUGCAGGUACUAUCUGCAGCAGUGGUGCAGGUACUAUCUGCAUCAGUGGUGCAGGACGACUUCAAGCCAAUCAUGCGCGAGCUGCUGAACCGCCACCCAGGUCUCGAGUUUUUGCACGACACGCCUGAGUUCCAAGAACGAUAUGCGGAGACGGUGAUAUACCGCAUAUUCUACCACAUCAGCCGGUCGGGCAACGGGCGCAUCUCACUGAGAGAGCUCAAAAAGAGCAACCUCAUGCAGGCGCUGCAGCAGGUGGAGGAAGAAGAGGACAUCAAUAAAGUGCUCAAGUACUUCUCGUACGAGCAUUUCUACGUGGUGUACUGCAAGUUCUGGGAGCUGGAUUCGGAUCACGACUUCCUCAUAGACAAGGACGACCUGCUGCGCUACGGCAACCACGCCCUCACCUACCGCAUCGUCGAGCGCAUCUUCGCCCAGGUGCCCCGGCCGUUCACGAGUGGAGUGGAGGGCAAGAUGGGGUACGAGGACUUUGUGUGGUUCAUCCUCUCAGAAGAGGAUAAGUCGUCUGAACCCAGCCUCGAGUACUGGUUCCGGUGUGUGGAUUUGGAUGGGGACGAGCGCAUCACAGCACCAGAGAUGCAGUAUUUCUACGAGGAGCAGCUGCACCGCAUGGAGUGCAUGGCGCAGGAGCCCGUGCUCUUUGAAGACGUUGUGUGCCAAAUGGCCGACAUGAUUAAACCCGCGGUGAGCAUGGGGGGGAGAGAGAUGCUGGCGCAGUAG